AUGUCCAGCCUGCUCUCGGCAGUCAUUGAGACGGUAGGUGAGGGCUUUGGAAACCCAGACCUGGACCCGGCGCUGCUGCCGCCGCUCGAGCUGGAGGUGGGCAAGGUGCUGGAGUGGCUCAAGUCGCGGGAGCUAGUGCGUGACCAGUGGCGGCAGGUGGCGGAUAUUGUGGCGGGGAAGAAGGACGCUGCGCUGGCUGCCCUCCCCGAGUCGGCCGCCACCUCGGCUACUAUCAAUGCGCUUGUUGACUAUCCUGGUUAUCUCUCGCUGUGGCGCUGUCAGGAGAUGCUUUCCGCUAUGAAAGAGGCCGAGGUCGAGACGCGCAACUUCCUGGGCUCCUACGGAUCCGAUGCCGUGUCUGCCUGGCAGGACAUUGUCAAUCAGUAUCUGGACGGCCGGGUCUAUCUUGCUCGUGCAGUUCGCGCGCUAGUGGAUGGCGUUCGCUACGAGCUGCCAUCGCUUCUGCGGUCGCUGGCCUCGGCCGAUGCAUCGGUCGCUCGCUUGGCCCGGGUUGAGUCGACCGCCGCUGCCGACAUUGCUCGGUUUCGCAAGGAAUAUGUCGAGAUGGGCUCGCGAUUCGGGCUGACGCUCAACGUGUCUGACGGUGGCGUUGGGCGCGAUGCAAGUGUCGAGCGUGAUGCUCUCUCCGCUUUGGCAGCAAAGGUGCCGGCUGUGCUUGAGCAAGCGCUGCUGUCUGCGCUGGACGAGCGCACCCGAGUGGCGGCAGCGUCUGCAAUGGCCCGCUACGGCCAUCCACUCCCAGUGCUCAGCUGGUUUUGCGAGCGUGUGGAGGACAGACUGAUGAGCGUAUCAAGUGAGCGGCUCGGGGCUCUUGCGAGCGCGAUCGGGCUCGAGGUCGGGGCGCUGGGCGAGUCUUCGAGCAUUGGUGUGCUGUUGCGCCAGCUGCAGGUCCGCUCCGCGCUGCUCGCAGAGUUAGAUGAGGUCCACGGAUUUCUCGACGAGCUGAUGGGCCAGGUUCAGGAAGUCAAGGCAUCCGACGACCGCGUUGCUUCCAGCAUCCUCCUCUCGCAACGCCUCAACAGCGUUUCGCUCGACGAGGUGGCGGAGGAGCGCGAUGCACUUGCGGUGGCGAGCCGGGCGUUUGAGGCAAAGGAGAUCAAGGAGCUGCUUUUAAUCGACGGCUCGCCACGAUAUGUGGCGCGGAUCGCCGCCGAGCUGCAUUCAAAGCUCUACAAGGCAGCGCAGCUAGAGGCCGAGGUGGCGACGUUUGGCGAGCAGCGAAGCGGGUUUGCGGCGUCCAAGGCCAAGACGACGGCGCUCAUCAAGGCAUGUGCGUGCGAGAUUCGCGAGCUCAAGAACCACAUCGAGGCGGACAUUUCGAGCGAGUUUAACGGGCGGAUUGUCCGCAUCACCGGCGUCGACCGGCUCCUUGCCCAGGCCGCGGCCGUCACGGAGUCGAGCGGGAAUGCGGGGCAAAGCUAA